UCACCUUUAUUCACACUAAACUGCAGGAGAUUCAGUGCCCUGAUAACAUUUCUGUGAUGUAUAAUGAUCUAAGGGCAAACUGAGAGCAAGAAGAGAGGAUGCACUUUCAGAACCUGAGAUCCUGGUCUCUGGACAGGCUGCCUGGUGCCGCAGCGACCAGUAGAUGGCAUAGUUUUGUUGAAAGAAAGGAGGAGGCUGGCAGACCUCCGCAGGUAAAAGCAGUUCCUGCAGCUGUGGAUUAAAUAUGAGAAUACACACUUCCCUGCUCUCUUACUCCCACACGCAGGCCUGUGUACUGGCAGUCCGCUUUACUCUCACUCACUUGAACUUACUGCCAGAGGUCAAGUAUCUUUAUCACACCUGUGGUCAGCGUUUCGCUGCAUCCGAGGGCAGCAGCCAAUCAGGCUCAUGAUGAGGCAGCUGUGGGAGAAUAUUGUAUUUAGUUGAAGCGGAAGUCAAAGCGGAGGUAGAGCUGACAUUACAUUUUUCUAACCACUUUUAUUUUAGGCUUUAAUACCACAAAGGAAGCAGCAUUUUCACUUCAUUCAGCCACUUGGUCCACAGAACAGUUCACUCUGAGCAACACGGGUCACAUAUCGUCAAUACACUGGGAUCAUAAUCCGCACUUCUGCGCCAGAGAGAUGUGUCUGUGGUGCCACGUGGUUUCAGUGACAGCAGUGACACCAGCCUUCACACAAUGACAACGCAGAGCUUCUCUUUCACAAAUAAAACCUUCCCUACGUUCAGUAAAAUCACAUUGAGCUAACAGAACAGACGGUUUAAAGAAAGACCUCUCUGAAUUAAGAGUCAUUUUGGUUAAUAUUUUCUGCAGAUGUUCAGAGAGCUGCCUUCAGUGGUUACUUUUCCACUCGACCAAGUGGAAACUUCAUCGGAGUCCAUGUUACCUGAUAGGCUCCUCCACAGCGUGCUGUAAUUCAGAACUUUUUUUUUUUUCAGGAAAUUAAAUCACACGAUUUGCGACAGUUGCUCAUUUACAUCUCUGCUCUGCUGCCCUGUGGCGCGCCAAUGCCACCUAAAGAGAAACUCCCACAAGCUGAAAUUUUAAUGAUGUGGCUGUAAGUUAAAAUCAAGUGUUUACUGUGACACGACAUUCAAUAUAAAGUCACUCGGGCACCGCUGAGCGUCUCCCGCGCCGCGCAGCUCUUGUGUUGAAGCAACAGGCGGAAAAGUGCAGAGGGAAGAGAGUCCGUGCUGAACCUUAUUGCUACAAUAUCUCCCCCCUCACUUCUACAGGGUCGCACUCUGUGUCCAUAAGUUGUUUUGCCCGAUAGGACAGCACCACGCACAGGACGCGCGCGGUGGACACCUUUACGCGCAGCGGCAGUUGUGUAGAUGAGAGGAGGUUGAUGCAAGAGGAAAGAGGGCGGUCAAAGUGUGACGGCGAACGCCGCGCUCUGGCAACUCAACGCCUGGUAGACGGCAUCUAGCACGUGUACUUUAUUGUUCGUCCAGGGCACGGCUCACGGCAGAGGACACGCAUGCUUGAAAAGACCAACGAGCACUUGAUGCCCGCUUCGGUGAUGCCAUGCCCCGGAACCACAGCGGCGAAGAAGGCGGCACUGGGCUCUGGAUGAGGACAUCGCCGGGGCACCGUACCGAAGGCUACGGUUUGAAAGAUGUGGAGUCCGGACGGAAGAUGAUGAACAACGCUGGAGACGGCUUGCUGUCAGCCUCCACCGCCGCAGGUGCUGCCGGCUCCGAGAGCCUGAGGGGCAAGCAGGGAGCCCGGCUCAGCCUGCUGGGGAAGCCGCUCAUAUACAGCGCUCAGAGCGGCCGGAGAAACGUGCGGUACCGGCGGCUCCAGAACUACCUGUACAACGUGCUGGAGAGACCGAGAGCCUGGGCGUUCAUCUACCAUGCGUUUGUGUUCAUCUUGGUCUUCAGCUGCCUGGUGCUCUCAGUGUUCUCAACCAUCCCGGCUCAUCAGGACUUCUCCUCCCACUGUCUCCUCAUCCUGGAGUUUGUGAUGAUUGUGGUGUUUGGGUUGGAGUACAUCAUCCGUAUCUGGUCGGCAGGAUGCUGCUGUCGCUACAGAGGAUGGCAGGGACGACUGCGCUUCGCCAGAAAGCCCUUUUGUGUCAUAGACAUCAUCGUGUUGAUAGCGUCGGUGGCGGUGGUGUCAGCCGGCAGUCAGGGCAACAUCUUUGCCACCUCGGUCCUGCGGAGCCUUCGUUUCCUGCAGAUCCUACGUAUGGUGCGGAUGGAUCGGAGAGGAGGCACCUGGAAGCUGCUGGGAUCUGUGGUGUACGCACACAGCAAGGAGCUGGUAACUGCCUGGUACAUCGGCUUCCUGGUUCUCAUCUUCUCUUCGUUCCUCGUUUACCUUGUGGAGAACAAGUUCAACAAGGAGUUUGCCACCUACGCUGAUGCCUUGUGGUGGGGCACGAUCACCCUGACAACCAUUGGCUAUGGGGACAAGACACCAAAGACGUGGACAGGACGGAUGCUGUCUGCGGGGUUCGCCCUCUUGGGCAUCUCCUUCUUUGCCUUGCCAGCAGGUAUUCUGGGAUCGGGCUUUGCCCUGAAGGUCCAAGAGCAGCACAGACAGAAGCACUUUGAGAAAAGGAGAAACCCAGCCGCCUACCUUAUCCAGUGUGUUUGGCGUAGUUAUGCGGCUGAUGAGAACUCGGUUUCCAUUGCUACCUGGAAGCCUCACUUGAAGGCGUUGCAUACCUGCAGCCCUACAAAGAAGGAGCAGGGAGAGUCAACGACAAGUAAAAUUCAUAGUAAUAAACAGAAGCUACUGAGGAGGUGUACCACUCGGAAACAUAGCCAGAAGUUGAGCUUCAAGGAGCGGGUGAGGAUGGCAAGCCCCCGAGGUCAGAGCAUCAAGAACAGGCAGACGUCUUCUGUGAAUGACCGGCGGUCACCGGUGGCUGAGGCCGGAACAGAGGGCACCAGCCCGGCUAAGGUACAGAAGAGCUGGAGCUUCAAUGACCGCACGCGCUUCAGACCUUCACUCCGCCUUAAGAGCCAAUCCCGCUCCACCACUGAUGCAGACUCCAACAUGACAGGGGAGGACGGCUUCGAUGAGAAGGGUUGUCACUGUGAGAUCUCAGUGGAGGACUUGCUGCCCUCAGUCAAGUCUGUCAUUAGAGCUGUCAGGAUUAUGAAGUUCCAUGUAGCCAAGAAAAAGUUUAAGGAGACGCUGCGUCCUUACGAUGUGAAGGAUGUGAUUGAACAGUACUCGGCCGGUCACCUGGACAUGCUGUGUCGCAUCAAGAGCCUGCAGACCAGGUUGGACAUGAUUGUAGGCCCACAGCCCCUGAGCAGCAGAGCCAAGACCUUUUCCUCCCCCUCCCUCCCUUUCUAUUACAGCCAGGGCAGAAAGAACUCCACUCAGGGAGUGGACCAAAUCCUUGGGAAGGGCCAGAUCCCUCUGGAUAAGAAGAUUCGAGAGAAGCUGCUGUCUGAUGGCGAUAUAUUAGAGGACAUGAGCAUGCUGGGUCGCGUCUGUAAGGUGGAGCGGCAGGUCCAGUCGAUUGAGUCGAAGCUCGACUCCCUGCUCGACAUAUAUCGGCAGGUUCUGCGUAAAGGCUCGUCUUCUGCCCUCACGCUCUCUUCUCUGCCCCUGUUUGAGCUGGAGCAGACCUCUGACUACAACUCCUCCGUCUUCAGCAAGGACUUGUCCUGCUCCACCCAGGUCAGCAGCAGCGGAGCGCCUCCCCCUGGUGGCUGUGUCACACACUCCACCGCCAACUCCCACCUUUCCCAGGGCGGACUCCACCUCAUCCUGGCACCACCCAAUGAGCUCAACCUCAAUCUCAAUGUCUCCUCUACCACAUCUCCCUCAGGCCUUGCUUCUUCCUCUUUUAGUCCAUCACCACUGCCCCAUCAUCAUCAUCAUCACCACCACCAUCAUCAUCCUCAUCAUCCCUACCAUCAUCAUACCCAGGCUCAGGCCACCACGCCUGAAAGUGGAACUGAUGAGGCCGUGGGGAGCUCCCCGCCCAUCCUCACCCCAAAUAGCAUCAGCAGUGGAGUGGGUGGAGGAGUAGGAGACAGAGGCUUUCCUCUGCUGCCGAGGCUUCCACCACCACUCCCUCCCAGCCGAAGCGGUGGCCCAAGCAACUUGGUGCAAGUGACGUCCACAGAGGCAUCCCCUGACAUAGAGGACUUUUGUGGAGGUCUAGGGACAAAGAUGGAGGACAGCAGUGUCAGGGAGGACCUAGGCCUUGGGUUGGGGCUGGGAAGACUCGGGCAGCAGCUAAAGAGCAGCACCAACAGCAAUGGCAGGCUAAACACUAAGGAGGAGGGCUCCUGGAGGAGGCAUAUGAGCCUGGAGCUGGAGCCCCUGGUGCCGCAAGCCCUGGGGUGCUGCUCUGGCCCCAGGCAGACGGACCGAGGCUUGGGCAAGUCCAUGUCAGUGCAGGACCUGAUGCAGGCACCUCCAGGGGCUGUCCAGGACUCCCACCACACCUACAGCAGGCCAUCUCCAAGUCCCAGUACAAGCAGUGACUCCCCCAUUGGCUUCCACAGCUGUAGCCAAGAUCCUGGGGGAGGAGGGGGUGGUGGUGGUGUAGGCAGGAGUGGUGGAGGCGGAUGGGGUGAGGAGGACCUCUUUAUCAGUGACAGAGACAUAGAGGCACAGGGAUUUUGCUUCCUGUCACAGGGGACUGCUGAGUCCCACCGCUACUCCUCUGAGCUCCUGAGGACGAGGGGCAGGGCAGGGUCCCGGGGCUCUAACCAUAGCCCGGCCACUGCCCACCCAUCCUCACCCCCUGCAGGCAGCACCGAAUUGCUGAACAUGCCGCACGUACGGCUAAAAUAGACCCAGCUACAAAUUUGGAAGGCACGUAAAUCUCACCUCACGGAGACGGAUUUUAUCCUUUUUUGGAUGGAGCGGGAGAGUGGGACUGUAUCAAGGGGUACUUUUUUUUUUUUAUUCUUUUUUUUUUUAUUUUGUCAAUUUUCAUUUGAACCAUUUGAUAAGAAUCACAGUAUUUUCAUACAGGCUGAUCACAUGUCGUUGCACGAGUCACUCUUUGUUUUAAAGUAUGAUGGACACAUCUGAGAUAAAGAUGGGGCCUUGUAAAAGAACGCAGAGAGAACACAGACCCCAAAAACCUGUGAAACCAACUAAACUUGGCCCCAUUAAGACAGUUGGUUGAUAUAUGACCUUGAGACACCGCAUGAACACUGCAUGUUUUCAGUCCUAGGUACUCAGAUUAGCAAGAUACAGUUUACACAGAAGACGUGGACACCUAACAUCUAAUAUCGUUGUUUAUUUACCUUUUUAGUGGCCUUUAAUGAACACCAUUUCCCAUAAACUCUAAACAUUCGCAGGCAAAAUCUCACAGCUUAAAAGAAGAGGCAGGUCCACGAGUGAGUUGAAGGGUUGCAGCAAGUUCAAACCAUGGAUGUAGUAACAGCAGGAGAGAGAGAGAGGAGUGGAAGCUGUAGAGGUUUUACACAGUAGAGAACUACAAUAUUGAAAGAAUGAAUUUAGAAGAUAGCAUUGGUGAGUUUUAUGGAUGGACAAAACCAAGUCACAAUGAUGAUGGAGUCCCUGUUUUAGCUUUAUUUCAGGAGAGCUGUAGUCUUUUAACGUGACGUGCCAGAUGGUUUGUCACACAGAACCGUCUGGGGAGGCUUGUUUGGAAACUGUUUCAGGGCAGGCGCUUUCAAGAAAUACUUUGUAGGUGAUUAGAUGAACUGUCUAUCAGAAGCUAAUCUCCAACCAGUCAGAUUCUACACCGUUCCCAUUUUUUUCUCUGCCACCAGAGCCAGUCGGUAAAUCAAGCUCAACAAUCAAGCACGAAACAUCUUCUCCAUCGAGAGACUUCAAUGGCGUUCUUUGUUCUUCUUUCAGUUUUCGGGAUCGGGUUGGGUCAGUGAGGGCUUAUUGCAUAUUGUGAUUGGCCAGUGAGCCUAGUCCCAGCACACGCUCUCAUACACACCUCAAAUGAAAGGCAUACAGAGAGGACCAGCCAAGAGACGAACUAUGGAUUUUUUGAUGGUCCACUGAGCCACCAAUGCGGUGCGAUGGCCAGUCCGACGGUGACAGGUCUGUUGUCAAUGUGUUUGUGAGACAGAGAGAGCCGGGCAAGGAGCGCCUGAACGAAUCAAUGGGCUGCGCACAGCUCCGCUCUAAUGAAAUAAGAUUUUAGCCAUUUGGAAUAGUUUUUUUUUUUUUUUUUUUUUUUUUUUUUAAAGAAAAUCAAUAUGUGAUGGUCUAUGUUGAUAUUGUGGCAGGCAACCACAAAUAAAUCAAUGUAUGGGAAACUCUGCUCACUAUUGCCAAAUGUUUCAUUCUCUGUUCUUGCCACUAUACCUAUUUUAUUUCCAAAACAUUUCAGAAAACCAAAUUAACUCCUUAUGUUUAUAUCCUAAAAUAAUACAUCUCAUUACUGUCCUCAACCACUGACUUUGGUUGCCCCAAGUCUUUAAAAGGUACCACAUCAUGAAACAGUGAACAUGCAAGUUUUAGCUCCUAAACUACAGUUCAUUUAUACUUAAAACGUUUUCUGCAGUCUCCGGCAUCCACUGGUUUUCAUUCAUUUCCAUACAGUAAAUGAAUUAGCAGAGUAAUUAGUAAUAGUGAACGUCAGAUCAUUUUUGUCAGUUUUGCAUUUCGGAGUAUCGGAGUUUUGCAGUUUAAGCACAGAUAGUUCUGUCAAGUGUCCUUCGCAUGCCAUAACAAUGAAGUCAUUAACAGAAAUUAAUUAAAACAAGUUUCUGCCAACAGAUGUUUAUAUUACACUGCAAACAAUAUCAAAUUUAUGAAACAGCAUGUGAUUUGUAGUAAAUAUGCUAAAACAUGCAAAACCGCAGGAUUGGUCCCUUUCAGUUAAACUUUCAAUUGGCGUAUCUUAUUUUGCCAAACAUAAUAACCUGUAACUGAGGAGAACAGCAGGAAAGACCAGACAGUCAGUGCUGCUGUAGCUGCCAAAUAUCUGGAUGCUUACCGAAGCCACUUGUGCCAAGUCAGCUCCGGUAUGAGGUGCAUCAUGUUGAAAGCACAUGCACACAUGUAUACACCUGUAUAUGCACAUGUACAGAUAAGAAUGCCCAUUACACGCACAGCUGUGCAGCUGUUACAUUACAUGUCCAUUAUGCUGUGGAGAAUUUUAGGCACAGUCCAGAGGAGAGAACAGGAAGCAGCUGUUGCUUACUUCACACACCGACCGGUGUCCAGCUGACAACAGCCGUGGAUUGAAACACAUCUUGAAUGUCAUUUCUUGGUUUAAAGGACAGUUUAUGUUAAUUUGUUUCUUAUCAAAGCACUUCAUAUUGGUUCAGAAUCAGACUCAAUGAAAGAAAUAUUCAGAAAUCUAACUUUGUAUUACAUUUAUCUUUUCACCACCGUUUCUACCUAAAAAGAAGGUAUGCUAUUUAAAUUACAAUCAAUGUUUGCUUUUUUUGCUUUUUUUUUUUUUUUACCUGUAAUGUUGGAUUAUUUUUGCUUGCUGCAAUGGAAUGAAAUGGUCUCACUGCAGAAUGUAUUGCUUAUUUCAUUAUUAAUAUGAGCAGAACAUCUAUUUCUCGAACUGCCGAGCAGUGACAUCGAAUAGACUAAUGACCAACUUCCUCUCCCUGUUGCAUGGUGAAGAAUCAAGUGCAUCAGGUAAGGUUAAGUGGUUUUCUCAAGUUGUAGGAAAAUAAUGACAGCACCACAAAUGCAGGUAGAAACUACUCAUAAAGCAUUCAAAGCCUCGCUGGUGAAUUAUCACCUGUAGCUAGCAGUAGAUCAGUAAAUUCUUAAGACUUAAAACCAGAUUAUAUGAAGGAGGCCUGGGUCAGUUUGUUUUAAAGAAGUGGAUUUUACUUUCCUUAAGAUAUUUAAAUAUACUUUGCAUGAAGGGGUUGUCAUAUCCAAACCUAUUUAUACCUGAGAGUUAAUGCCACAUCAUCAAGACAAAUCACUAUUUAUGGUUCAAAUUGACUGCAGUGAAAGUAAAAACAGAUCCCAGCUCUGCGGUCUAGUAAAAAGCUGCAGUACAUCCAGUAUAUUGGUGCCUUGCUUUUGUGGUACAUAUUCAUCUCCAUAUCUACAAUUUCCUGAGAAGCGCAUUGGGUUCCUCUGAACAGAAAUGGUUGCACUGUCUCCAUUUUCUCUCCCUGUAAAUGUUCCAACUUGAGGCAUUACACAGUUUUCUUAUUCAGCGAGCGUUUUGCUACAGGGCGUAAAACAGGCAUUUGACAUGUUACCAUUCUCUCAUUUCUUUUAAUUUAUUUAAAAAUGUGCACAUAUUUACACACUAGUAAUAAUCUGAGAUUUAUGAAGCCUGUAAUGUAAUGAAAUGCAAGUGGACUUUUAUUCUCAUUCAUCAAUAAAGGAAAUUCUACGAAGA